CUCUCACCACGUGAUCUCGAUAGUGAAACAAAGAUAGACCUCUCUCUGCCACUGAUAUUGCAUCAUCAAAGAAAAAAUUUGUUUGUUUUAAUUGUAUGCCAUAAUUUGUCAACACGAUGACAGAAUGUAAGCUUAAUAUCGCCAUUACAGGGGAUUCGGGCACUGGAAAAACUUCUUUAGCAACAAGAUUUGUAAAAGACAUUUUUAAAGAAAAUGUUGACCGAACUGUGGUCCUGAACUCUUUUCAGAAGAGAGUUAUUGUUGGAGGAAGAAAAGUGACGUUAAAUAUUUGGGAUACAGGGGGAUUAUCUGUCUACAAGGCAUAUGUUCUGGAUUACAUCAAAAAAGCUGACGGUGUUGCUCUUGUUGUUGAUGUCACAGAGAGAAACUCUUUUAUCAGCCUGAUCACAUGGCUGAGAGACGUGAGACGAGUGAAUAGAGAUUCGCCGAUGCUCAUUGUUGGCAAUAAAAUCGAUAAAUUGUGCCCAAAGCAAGUUUCAAGUAAUGAAUUAAGAGAUUUCGCCAACAGUGAAGGAUUACCAGUAAUAGAAAUUAGUGCCAAAAGUGGAGACAAUGUUGAAAAAGUAUUCCAACGUUUGGCAUUCCGUAUACUUUGUGGAGAGAUCCACGGAAAUAAUCUCGAAGUAACUUCUGGAAACACAAUAAGGGAUAGAGACGGCGCAUGCGCACAGUUACCGUUAAAGAGCAAUAUUAGAAAUUUGACAACCGAAAAACCUACCCAGAAAUCUUUUCCAAGACUAAAGAUCCAAUCAGUAUUACCAGAUAAAAAGAAGUUCGGAAUGAAUUUUCGAAUUCCCUUUCUUUUCAAACUCAUUAUGUAUUUAUGUAUAAUAUCACUUUUAUUAUACUAUAUAUAUCACUUGCUCACAUACAAUUUCGGUUCAUUUCACGUGGACAUUAUUCAAUUUAUUAAACGUAUUCAGUCAGUGUGGCAUCACGUGUGCGAAGGUUCACAGGCGUGUGAUAAAAUUCUGUCUUCGCUGAAAACUUUCUCUAUGAACCUAAUCCUAUAGUGAGUAUCAAAAACGAGCACUAAUAUGCUGUUAAACCCCGCUAUAAUGAACCUCCUGUGGAUCCGGAAAUAACGAUGGUUCACUAUAUCCAAAAUAUAUAGAAAAAUAUUUUUAAGCAUAUUGCAGUAGCAGAACUGGAACAAUAGUACAUAAUUUUGCUAGUUAGUGAUAACAACAGUACAUAAUUUAAUUUAUAAAUUAUUAACUGAGUAAAUAUGUCAGUCUCUCUUCUACAUAGUUCCCUUAAAACGAAUUCCUUCCUGCAAUUAAAUUUUUAAUUGUUACAACCAAUAACAAUUGAAAUACGUUCGCACUCCCAUCUGCUUUUUUUGGAACCACACGCAUUAUUAAUUUCUGAGAAAUGACUCAUUUCAAACAUUUCUUUUAUAAUGUGUCCCACUUCGUUUUUAAUUAUAAGUCAUAAUUAUAUACUAUUGAACUUAUCACUUAGACUUAAAAUUUUGUAAUAUUUAUUUAUAUAUCUACGAAAAAAAAAAAGAAAUUUGAGUCCACUUUAAACUAUCUCGGUUUCUUAGUUAUUUACCAUAAGCGAAUGAAAUAACAGUUCGAACGUACGCUCACUGUAACAGUUCGCUCACUAUGUAUCGGGUUCAUCAUAUUGGGGCUAGUUCGUAAUUUCAUUUGCUCCACUUUCCAUAAAUAUUCUUCCCAAAUCAUGUGAAAUUCGUUUCUCUCUGAAGAAUCAAUUAUAAUUUGUGUUAAAUGAUCAAAUGUAUUAAUGUUUAAUCAUGAUUAACUUACAAUUUCGUUGUCAUACAUAAAUAAUGUUGAUGAAUUUGUUUUUAAAUUUCAAUUAAAUAAGAUGAAAUAUUAGUGGUUAUAUUAAAUAGUGUUAUUAUUCAAUUCUUUUUUAAAAAUUAUGUGUAAAUACUAAUGCCUGUAUUUAUUUGCUGUGAAGUAGAAAUUUUUAUUAUUGUAUUUUUUUGAAAAUAAUAACUAUCUUAUGAUUA